AUGUCUGCUCCAGCUCACAACUACAAGGUUGCUGAUAUCUCCCUAGCCGCAUUCGGUAGAAAAGAAAUCGAAUUGGCUGAACAUGAAAUGCCAGGUUUGAUCGCUAUCAGAAAGGCUUAUGCCGCUGAACAACCAUUGAAGGGUGCCAGAAUUGCUGGUUGUUUGCACAUGACCAUUCAAACUGCUGUUUUGAUUGAGACCUUGGUUGCUCUUGGUGCUGAAGUUACCUGGAGUUCUUGUAACAUUUACUCUACUCAAGACCACGCCGCUGCUGCCAUUGCUGCUUCUGGUGUUCCUGUCUUUGCCUGGAAGGGUGAAACCGAAGAGGAAUACCUAUGGUGUAUUGAACAACAAUUGUUUGCCUUCAAGGACGACAAAAAGUUGAACUUGAUCUUGGACGAUGGUGGUGAUUUGACCACUUUGGUUCAUGACAAAUACCCAGAAAUGUUGAACGACUGUUUCGGUUUGUCUGAAGAAACCACUACCGGUGUUCACCACUUGUACAGAAUGCUAAAGGAAAACAAGUUGAAGGUCCCAGCUAUCAACGUCAACGACUCCGUCACCAAGUCCAAGUUCGACAACUUGUACGGUUGCAGAGAGUCUUUGCUAGAUGGUAUCAAGAGAGCCACCGAUGUUAUGGUUGCUGGUAAGGCCGCUGUUGUUGCUGGUUACGGUGAUGUCGGUAAGGGUUGUGCUGCUGCAUUGAGAGGUUUCGGUGCUCGUGUUGUUGUUACCGAAAUUGAUCCAAUCAACGCUUUGCAAGCUGCCAUGGAAGGUUACCAAGUUGUCACUAUGGAAGAAGCUGCUUCUUUCGGUCAAAUUUUUGUCACCACCACUGGUUGUAGAGACAUCAUCACUAAGGAGCACUUCUUGAAGAUGUCCGACGAUGCCAUUGUCUGUAACAUUGGUCACUUCGAUAUUGAAAUCGAUGUUGCUUGGUUGAAGGCCAACGCCACUGAAUGUAUUAACAUCAAGCCUCAAGUCGACCGUUACUUGUUGUCCAAUGGUAAGCACAUCAUUUUGUUGGCUGACGGUAGAUUGGUUAACUUGGGUUGUGCUACUGGUCACUCCUCUUUCGUUAUGUCUUGCUCUUUCUCUAACCAAGUCUUGGCUCAAAUCGCUUUGUUCAAGGCUAACGAUAAGGAAUUCAGAGAAAAGCACAUCGAAUUCCAAAAGACUGGUCCAUUCGACGUUGGUGUCCACGUUCUACCAAAGAUCUUGGAUGAAGCUGUCGCUAAGUUCCAUUUGGACAAGUUGGGUGUUAAGUUGACCAAGUUGUCUGCUACUCAAUCUGAAUAUCUAGGUAUUCCAGAGGAAGGUCCUUACAAGGCUGAUCACUACAGAUAUUAA